GGGUAGUAGCAAACGGGGCUGAAUGGAAAUAGUCUCUUUAUUUUGUUUAUUCAGAAGCCUCGUUUCACUACGUAGAAACGCACAGACUCCCUGGGCUCCUACUGCGCGACAAAUGGGAGACAGGCUAAUAGAAGGUAUCGUUCACCUGCGUAGCUCUACUGGGAAAUUAAGGGGCGGCAUAUCUGCGGUGGAAGAGGAACUAGAGUAACCUCCCACUCCGAAAUUUCCCACAUUAAUAUGCAGCGCGUGUGUGUCCACAUGCACGUUAUCAACAGGGGAAAUAACUACUCCAGCACGACAAUCCUCUGAACAAAUCCCUCCGCGCCCCCCUCGCAACAUUACGCCGUCCCCCGGUAGCUAUACGUCUGUUUCUCCUUCAUUUGCGACUGCCAGCGGUUACAUGCGCUGCACCGUCACAUUUGUUGUGUGCGUGUGUGCGCGCGUGUGCGCGUUAAUGUGCUGGUGGGCACAGGCGGUGGGAGGACGUCGGCACUGACUGCAGCGCAUUGCGAUGCGGAGAGGGCGAGUAAGGAUGCGGUGCCUGCAUGAGCUGCACGCCUGAAGCCCGCUGCAGCUGUGCGCGCGGCCACCUCCUGUGCGGCCACAGUGCGGGGAGGUGCCGCUGGAGUUCAUGCGCACACCUCCGGACGGAGAGGGCCGAGGUGUUUCUGCAGCGACGCAGCUUUUUCAGAGGGAUACCGUCUCGAUACGUGACUCCGAGCCCACAGCCUCUCCCUGGCUCGGGAUCUUAGAGAGAGGGGGAAGGAGGAGGGGUUGGUGGGGAGGGGGGGGGUCUAACGCGGCACCCCGCCCGUCCCGCCUCAUUUGGACUGCAGGGAUAACGACCUAAACGGUGAUAUCUCCGCGCAGGACCCGCUGAGCAGGUGUUGGUGGCGCGGCGCUGGUUUCUCCUCGCAUCCCGCACCUCUGCGCCAAAGGCGUCCGUAGUCUUUGGCUACCACGAAAUCAGAGUCAUCUUCUACUUCAACAGCUCAGUUGAGAUGUAAGGACCAGAAGGGCCGACAACAGGAGCCUCUGGCGAGAGAGGAUCAGACCAUCAUUUCUAAAGCUCUCAUAUGUUUCCAGAUUGCCUCUUCUAACCCGCACUCACUGUGUGGACUUGAGGGUUGAGUCAACAGGAACGAAUCUCCACUUUGAGGACCAGCCAAAUCGAUAAGAAGCUCCUACCCGUCCUUUUCCAGCAACGUUUUCCAAGUCUCCUGGUGGCCUCCGUAACAAACGUGCAACAUGCGUCCUUCCCUCGCCACGGCGGUGCUCCCGCCCAGGACCCGUUCCCACAAUCCGCCCAACCUGGCAGUGGGGGGCCGGGAACACCUGUCAGCUCCACGAAGGCGCAGCCCCCACCUUCGGCACACCCUCAGCCCAGAUAACCUGCGGACCCUGGCGGAGCGGGGCGGAGCCUCCGUCGAUACCGUCUCCGUUAUCAGCGGCCCCAUCGGGCUCCCGCGGGCCAACAGUGACACCGACCUGGUGACCUCCCACAGCCGGUCCUCGCUGACUGCGUCCACUCUGGAGUACACGCUGAACCGCGGCCACAACCUCGUCAUAUCCUGGGACAUCAAGGAGGAAGUGGACGCCACCGACUGGAUUGGGCUCUACCACAUUGAUGAAAGCAAUCCGUCCAACGUGUGGGACUGUAAGAACAGAGGGGUGAACGGCACCCAGAAGGGUCAGAUUGUCUGGAGGCUGGAGCCCGGGCCCUACUUUAUGGAGCCGGAGACUAAGAUCUGCUUUAAGUACUACCAUGGAGUGAGCGGAGCCCUGAGAGCCACGACGCCCUGCAUCACAGUGAAGAACCCUGCAGUCCUGGCGGAGGGCCUGGCGGAGCAGGUGGGCAUCGAACACCCACGGACACUGAUCAGCUUUACUUUGACGGAUCUGCGUGCCACCGGCCUGAAGAAGGGAAUGUUUUUCAAUCCGGACCCGUACCUGAAGAUGUCCAUCCACCCAGGGAAAAGGAGUGUCUUCCCCAUAUUCAGCCACCACGGACAGGAGAGGCGAUCGGCCAUCAUCGCCAACACCACCAACCCUGUGUGGCAUGGCGAGAAAUACACGUUUGUGGCGCUGAUGACGGACAUCCUGUACAUCGAGGUGAAGGACAAGUUUGCGAAAAGUCGGCCGAUCAUCAAACGCUUCCUCGGUCAGCUCACGAUCCCUGUGCAGCGGCUCAUCGAGAGGAUACCCGGAGUCCAACCUGUGAGCUUUCCGCUGUGUCGACGUCUGCCUACGGAACAUGUAAGCGGCCAUUUGCAGUUCAGAGUGGAACUCACCUCGACUGGGCCUGAUGGUGCCUCUCCUGAGUCCAUCAUUGGCCUCUCUCCUCUGAAUGGAGCUCCAGGGACUCCGUCCGAUGAUGAGGACCUGCCCCACCAUCUUCCAGGACUGGUCUCUUCAGGCCCUUCUCCCACCGGCUCACAGGGCUCCCACGGCAUGUGGGAAGGCGGGGCCACGGCCUACCCUGCGAAGGACCUGCCUCUUGUUGGAGCGCAGGCGAGAUUUAUGGAACACGAUAGCCUGUCUCGCCACGAAAUGCUCCAGAGGUCGCUGAUUGAGGGCCUGGACGCUAUCGAGGCCCCUAAAGGCCCAGGAGAGAGGCCCCUGGGUGCGGCCUCGCCCAAACUGCGCUCCAGCUUCCCCACUCACACAAGGCUCAGCGCCAUGUUGCACAUUGAUUCCGACGAGGACGACGAGCGGUCUGGAGCGAACGACAUCAUUCCUGUGCCGAUGUCACCGCUACUGAUGAACGGAGAACCUCCAGACGUCGGUGGCCCCGAUGACGAGGAUCCGUUUCCCGAGUUCCAGCCGGGGCUGGAGCCCACAACGCUGGGGGAGGAGCCCGAGGGCGGGGCUGGGGCGACAGAAGAUGAGCCCUCGGAGGCGGAGGUGGCCCUGGAAAUGGGGGCAGGUCUGGACUUGGAUGAUGUUUUAGAGGCGGACGUCUUCUCCGAAGUGGAUGAGGCUCCUUUCAUAGAGGCUGUGUCCCAUAAUGCCGUGCAGGAGGGGGAAGUGUACGAGGAAGGUAGGGGGCACAGCGAGGACCCCUCCUCAGAUAUUGACACCUGCUCCAUGGCAACAGCCCCGCAGACGGUCUUCUCAUCGUCAGAGAGCGGCCCAAUCCCUGUGACGACUGCUGUGAAAGCAGUGGAGGGAGCUGAGGCAGCCAUAGAUCCGGGGGGAGACGUCGUUUCUGGAACCCCACCAACCAAUAACGCUGUAGACGACGAAGGCGGUGGGAAGGUCGCCAUCGCCGAGGCCGGAGCAGAAGCUCCGCCGCCCAGCGAGCCAGUGGUGGCCGGAGUGGAGGUCGGCGUGAGGAGGCUGAGCCUGCAGGCCGCGGGGGGCGUGGCUGAAAGACGGGCAGGGGAAGAGGCGAAGCCGAUGGAGGAGGCGGUGGAGGAGCAGGCCACCACAGACACGGAUGGAGAGGAAGGCGCUCACGUUAACGGCCAUCCUGUUCGUUCGCUGCCUUCUGUGCGUCACGACAUCCACCGAUACCAACGCGUGGACGAGCCUCUUCCUCCCAACUGGGAGGCUCGGAUCGACAGCCAUGGGAGGAUCUUCUUUGUGGACCAUGUGAACAGAACCACCACGUGGCAGCGUCCCACUGGUCCUCCUGCCCCGCAGGGCCUGACCCGCUCCAACUCCAUUCAGCAGAUGGAGCAACUCAACCGCAGAUACCAGAGCAUCAGGAGGACCAUAACCAACAGCAAUCGCUCAGAGGAGACCCCUGUUGAUGUGGUUCCAGAACCAGAGAGUGAUCUGAUGCCUCACUCCAUCUCUGAAUACCGGCGAGAAAGCGCAGUCGCUCACUCCAGCGGUCGCUCGCGUCUCUCACUGCUGCUGCAGUCACCCAGCGCCAAGUUCCUGUGCAGCCCCGACUUCUUCACCGUGCUGCAUUCUAACCCCAGUGCCUACCGCAUGUUUACGAGCAACACCUGCCUGAAGCACAUGAUCAGCAAGGUGCGUCGGGACGCCCAUUACUUUGAACGCUACCAGCACAACCGCGACCUCGUCACCUUCCUCAACAUGUUCUCCAACAAGCAGCUGGAGCUUCCCCGCGGCUGGGAGAUGAAGCACGACCACACCGGGAAGCCCUUCUUUGUGGAUCACAACUGUCGCUCCACGACCUUCAUCGACCCGCGGCUUCCCCUCCAGAGCUCUCGCUCCACCGGGCUGCUGGCCCACCGCCAGCACCUGAGCCGCCAGCGCAGUCACAGCGCCGGGGAGGUGGUGGACGACUCUCGCCAAGCCAACCCGCCCGUCAUGCCCCGCCCAUCCAGCACCUUCAGCGGCUCCAGUCGAAGUCAGUACCACGAUGUGGUGCCUGUGGCCUACAAUGACAAGAUAGUGGCGUUUCUACGGCAACCCAACAUAGUCGAGAUCCUGCAGGAAAGGCAACCCGAGCUCGCCAGGAAUCACUCGCUCAAGGAGAAGGUGCAGUUUAUUCGCAGCGAAGGAGUCACAGGGCUGGCUCGUCUUUCUAGCGAUGCUGACCUCGUCAUGCUGCUUAGCUUAUUUGAGGAGGAGGUGAUGUCAUAUGUGCCGCCAUUGCUCCACCCAAAUUACUGCCUCUCGUCUCCUCAGAGCUCCCCUGGCACCCAGCGAGCCAAUGCCCGCGCUCCUGCUCCCUACAAGCGUGAUUUUGAGGCUAAACUGAGGAACUUCUAUCGAAAGCUGGAGACCAAAGGUUAUGGACAGGGGCCAGGAAAAGUCAAGCUCAUCAUACGCAGGGACCACCUCCUGGAGGACGCCUUCAACCAAAUCAUGUGUUACUCCCGUAAAGACCUGCAGCGGAGCAAACUUUACGUCAGCUUUGUGGGCGAGGACGGGCUGGACUACAGCGGGCCCUCCAGAGAGUUUUUCUUCCUGGUGUCCAGAGAACUGUUCAACCCGUACUACGGCCUGUUUGAAUACUCAGCCAACGAUACGUACACUGUCCAGAUCAGCCCCAUGUCGGCCUUCGUAGACAACCACCACGAAUGGUUCCGCUUCAGUGGGCGCAUCCUGGGCCUGGCCCUGGUCCAUCAGUACCUGCUGGACGCCUUCUUCACCCGACCCUUCUACAAGGGGCUUCUUCGCAUCCCAUGUGACCUGAGUGACCUGGAGUUCUUGGACGAGGAGUUCCACCAGAGUCUGCAGUGGAUGAAGGACAACGACAUCGAAGACAUGCUGGACCUCACCUUCACCGUGAACGAGGAGGUCUUUGGCCAGAUCACAGAGAGAGAGCUAAAGCCAGGCGGGGCCGGCAUCCCUGUGUCCGAGAAGAACAAGAAGGAGUACAUCGAGCGCAUGGUCAAGUGGCGGAUAGAGCGAGGUGUGGCCCAGCAGACGGAGAGCCUGGUCCGAGGCUUCUAUGAGGUGGUGGAUGUGCGACUGGUGUCAGUGUUUGACGCCAGGGAGCUGGAGCUGGUGAUCGCAGGCACGGCAGAGAUCGACCUGGCAGACUGGAGGAACAACACUGAGUACAGAGGAGGUUACCACGACAACCACAUAGUGAUUCGGUGGUUCUGGGCAGCUGUGGAAAGGUUCAACAAUGAGCAGAGGCUGAGACUGCUGCAGUUUGUGACAGGCACCUCCAGCAUUCCCUACGAGGGAUUCGCCUCCCUCCGGGGAAGUAAUGGACCCCGCAGAUUCUGUGUGGAGAAGUGGGGGAAAAUCACCUCCUUACCCAGAGCUCACACCUGCUUUAAUCGCCUGGACCUCCCACCGUAUCCCUCCUUCUCCAUGCUCUAUGAGAAGCUGGUCACGGCUGUGGAGGAGACCAGCACGUUCGGUCUGGAGUGACCUCCAAUCAGCUCACGCGCAGGUUUAACUCGGGAGAGAGAACCAUCUAGAAAUCCUUCAUUCUUACUGAGAAGAGAACUAAUACCCUCAAAUGGCAACUAACCCCCCCCCCUGUCUACGCUGGCUGUCGGUCCCUCCGUUUCCAUUCUCACGCAUCUCACAGAAGUCAGUCAGGUGAACUACUUUCAGAGGAGAGUCAGUCGGACGGAGAUGGUUUGAAAAGCUGUACGUUACCAU